AAGCCCAGAUUAAUUUUACGUAGAUACUCGUAAAAGAAUACACAAAACUGCGAAUGAAAGUGUUUCGCAGUACGAGCUAAUGUGUAAAAAAUAUUCUGGACAAUUUUCCUUUCCUCGAAAUGAAUUUAAUUACCCAGCCGUGUUCUAGAUCAUCACAAAGUCGAUGAAUUUCAUCGUAAUGAUUAGGUCAGCAUCUAAGAUGAACUGACACUCGAAAUCACACUUCGAAACGCGCAAUAAUGGUUGUGAAUAAACUGCAAAGGGGUUUUUCGUGGGAUUCCUACACUCGAAUCGUAAAUUCGAAUAACAACGUAUUGAAUAAUAAUCCGGCCAAUAAUGCUAGGUUUCCAGCAAGCGAAUCAGUCCCUAUUAACGAACAGCUGGUUGAAUGGAAAAACACGUUUCACAUGCGACAAGCGACUUUGGAGAAUUUAGCUGAUAUGGGGGUCAACGAAAAUGGAGGAAAAAACGCAGUAAAGGCGGCCAAAAUGCGCGGUAGAAAUGUGGUGAAUGCUGCUAAAUCUCUAGAUUUACUGCGACAAAAUAUCCAAUCUGCGAUUAAUAACGAUAUCGAUCGUGUUAUUAAAAAAUAUUUGGACAUGUAUUUCGUACCAGCAAUCAGCAACAUUCGAGGAAAUUUAGGACAAGGCAGCGUAAACGAAGAGCACGUGAGAGAAUUAUGUCGCACGAUGUUAGACGAAGCUAAACAUUUGUACCUUAAUUCUCCCUUGUCCAGAAGUGAUUCUCCUUUUAAUGCUGCUGUAGAUACAGGAGCUCUAAUUGAAUCCAGAUUCGGCAACAGUCAAGACGACAAUGAUGAUAAUAAGCGCUUGUUCACUUUUGGAAAACGUAAAGAACCCGACUCGUCGAGCAGUGCCAAUUCAACUCAAUUACUGUCAUCACAUUCGAAACGAAAAUUUAUCAUCAGUACGAGUCAGUGCCUUUUUAAAAAUGAUCCUUCUAGAAUUACUUCCAAGACAUUAUUCAUCAUGUCUUCGAGAGUCAAUAAAGUAUUAGGCUAUGGAGCUAUGCGAGGCAAACUAUUCGUCAAACAUCCAGAUUUGUUUCGUUAUUCAGUCGAUUUAGAAGAUAAAGAUUGGCUAAUAAGGCACAAAUUGCAUUACACGUCUCAUGGUUCUACCGGAUCUUCUUAUAUUUUAAUAUUGGACGAUAUUAGAGAACUUUUAAAUUUAGAAUGCUACAGAAAUAAUCCGAGCGUAUUAAGACACGAAUUGAAAGGAUUCGAAGCACCGGAAUUCAUGUUGAAAAAAAUGCGUUUCGCUAUUACUCAUGGAAAAACAGUCAGGAAUUUAGAAACCGUCCAUCAAUUGAACCUAUCCAGUCCAGGAAAUACUUCCAUAGCGUUGGCAAGUUCUUCAUUCAACAAUUCGAUUUCGGAAAAUCAUUCGCUGAUGGAUCAAGAUGCUUCUCAAAAUGUAGCUAGCGGCGUAAUACAGCCCACCAAUAUUUUAAUACAAGUUAAAGAGAAGAAAAAAAUACCGAAGAGUAAUUGGACGGAAGAUGCGAUGCAGAAGGCUUUGAGACUGAUUUCCAGAGGAAGGUCUCAACGUUACGUCGAACGAAAAUUCGGCAUUCCACGAAGAACAUUGCGAAAUCGUCUCAAAAUAGCUGCUACUUCGAGAAAAAAUUUCUAAUCCUAUUUAGAACUGUAUUUAAUUGAUACGAUACGGACAGUUUUCAAAACAUGCUGGAUGUGUUGGAAAAUUGCGAUGUUACGAGUGUGGUUGCCGAUUGUUCAGAUUCGCUGGAUGAUAUCAAUUUGCUAGAAAAUCCAUCCAUAAUGUUGAAUGAAAUUUUUUCCAGA